AUGGGCCCUACCCAAAAUACUGCGACUUUACAAGGAGCAUAUUAUGAGAAAAUCGCUAGCCAACACGCCGGUGCACUAUGGAAGUGCCUGGACAAGAUGGUCCCUCCCAUGCCUAAUCCUACGGCGGCUGUACACUCAUGGCCAUACGAUGAGAUGCGUCCCAGUCUCCUUGAGGCUGGAGAAUUGGUGACCGCCGAAGAAGCAGAGCGACGGGUGUUGAUGCUCGUCAACCCGAAUCUAGAAGCCCCUUAUACCACGGAUACGAUCUACGCUGGCCUUCAGCUAAUCUUGCCUGGAGAAACUGCGCCGGCCCAUCGACACACGGCAUUUGCGCUACGUUUCAUCAUCGAAGGCUCAAAAGGCUUCACCGCCGUCGAAGGCCAGCGACUGCUCAUGGAACGCGGGGAUGUGAUUCUCACUCCCAGCUGGCACUGGCACGACCAUGGCAAUGACGGGACCGAGCCUAUGAUCUGGCUCGAUGGCCUCGACUUGCCCGUCUUCCGCUUCCUGCGUAUGAACUUUGCUGAGAACUAUGCGGAGAGUCGAUACCCCAGCGAAGCUGCCAGCAAUUCAGAUCUCAAAAUCCCGUGGUCAGUUCCAGCUGCGGAACUCGACGCUUCUCCAGCAAUGCCCUACGCGCGAUUUGACUACAGGGUCGCCAGUGGAGCACACCUCUCGCACACGCUCUCCGCACAGGCAGAGCGUGUCGCUGUGGGCACGACCUCUCCAGCUUCCCAGGAGACGUGCUCAUUCGUGUAUCACAUCUACCAAGGCAAAGGGUACUCGAAGAUCAAGAGCAAGAACGGCGAAGAGCAGACGGUGCCGUGGAAGUCAAGGGACACCUUCAGCGUUCCGGCGUGGAGUGUCAUCGAGCAUACCGCCCUGGACGCGGAUGGACACGGGGCGAGUGUGUAUUUAUUCGCUGUCAAUGAUCGGCCAAUGGUAGAGAGCCUGGGCCUGUCGCGACGUGCUUAA